AUGGACAUAGAUGAACCUUAUCUUCCAGGAUAUCUCAAAGGUACACCUAUAGAAAACCAUAAUUCAACCGAUCCAUUAUAUCUACCAACGCGCUUCGAAGAGUAUUCACCGUAUUCACCGAGGUUUGUCAAGUGUAUGGAUAAUAAAUUAAUACUUGAAUAUAUAGGACCCGGAGUUGAUGACAGUCAAGCCGAAUCAGUUCCAACUGAUUAUCCUGUUCCGCCUGAAGUUUUGCUAUACUAUUUUGAAAUCAAUGUUAUAGAUAAAGGUGAAGAUGGAUAUAUUGGUGUUGGAUUUGCUAAAGAUUUAGAAAUACUUGAUAUUUUACCAGGAUGGUGUCCGGGAACGAUGGGAUAUCAUGGCGAUGAUGGAUGUAAAUUUUAUGAAAACGGUUUUGGCACAAGGUACGGGCCUUUAUAUAGCACGGGAGACACCAUUGGUUGUUGUGUAAACUUUGUAGAUCAAAAUGUUUUCUAUACGAAAAAUGGCGUCAAUUUAGGGAUCGCUUUUGAAUGUGCUUUAAAUGAAGCAUUAUAUCCUAUUGUUGGAUUGAGGACUCGAGGUGAAUGCGUGGAAGCGAAUUUUGGAACGAAACCGUUCAAAUUUGAUAUUGACUCUUAUGCUAAAGCGUUUUUCUCUGACCCUCGAAUUGUUGCUCAAGUAGAGGACUCUAACGAGAUUCAGAGGCGAAAUAUGGAUGUAUUUAAUGAGAAUCUGUACACAUUUUAUGAUUUUGUGUGA